AUGCAUCUGCUAUCGUAUAUCGUGGAGGCCGGGCUUCUACAGGAUGAUCUGGAGAAAUUGGAUCCAACAGAGCACCCAAUUACGAAAAGCUUCCUGACACGCGCCGCCAAAGUCUUGCCCAACAUAGCAGAGCAAGUCCAAGCUCUGGACCUCAAGUUCGGCAGAAUCUUGCUCCAUCAAUGGCAAAACUGGAAGGUUGCGGAAGAGGAGAUCCAAACUCGCAAAAACACCCAGUACGAGACAGUCUCCGAGUAUCUGAGGGAUCGAUUCGUCAUCGCUCUCGUGCGUUUCGCAACGCAGAUUGAAUUAACAAGCGAGGAGGAUGCCACGCUCACCCCCCUUAGCCACACACUCUGUGCUGUCUUCAGUCUCUACAAUGAUUACUAUCCCUGGGAGAAGGAGUUUGAGACACACCCGCUCUGA